UGUCUUAACUUCACUCCUACUCGAAUCCUAUAAGCAAAUUCACUCCAACUCUUUCAUAUAAGCUUAUAAUUCUUAAUCUUCACAUUGCUCUCUUUCUGUCUCUUUAAUCUGUAAUGAUGAACUCUGCUCUCGCGAAAACUUCUGUCUACACAAUAAUUACGGUCUUCUUCGUGUUCGCCUUCAUCGUAUUAGUACUCCGCACAGAUGAAAGUACUGGAUCACUUUUUUCUAUUUCAAUUCUCAAACUUGACAAGUCUUGGUUAAGUCAAGAAUCAAAAACAGGUCACGAAGACAUAAUAGCGAAUGACAUCAGUAAUUACACUCGUACAGGUAAUUCGGUUUUACCUCCAGAAGAAAGUAAUGACACAGGUAUUGAUAAUGAAGAGGAAUUUAUUGUAAGCACCUGUGAUAUUGCUAAAGGGAAAUGGGUUUUCAACAAUAUGUCUAAGCCUUUAUACACAGACCACACUUGCCCGUAUCUCGAUAAAGAAGUUUCUUGUGUGAAGAACGGACGAACAGAUUCUGACUAUCGUCACUGGGAAUGGCAACCAGAUGAUUGCGUUUUGCCAAGGUUUGAUCCUAAGGCUGUUCUUAAUAAGCUGAGAAACAAAAGACUCAUGUUUGUAGGAGAUUCACUACAGAAAAAUCAAUGGCAGUCUUUUGUUUGUCAGGUUCAAUCAAUUAUACCUGCAGAACAGAAGUCAAUGCAACGCGGGCGUCCUCAUUCUAUUUUCACGGCUAAGGAAUAUAAUUCGACGAUUGAGUUUUAUUGGGCGCCAUUUCUCAUCGAGUCAAAUACAGACCUCGAUAUCAUUGCGGAUCCAAGGAAGAGAAUACUGAAAGUAGAUUCAGUAACUAAGCAUGCGCAGUACUGGAUGGGGGUAGAUAUUCUUGUUUUCAAUACUUAUAUUUGGUGGAUGAAUGGCAUAAAGAUUAAAUCACUAUGGGGUUCUUUCGCAAAUGGGGACGACGGGUUUGAAGAGUUGGAUGCAGAAGUUGCUUACAGGAUUGGCUUGAAGACAUGGGCAAAUUGGGUUGAUUCCACUGUUGAUCCAAACAAGACCAGGGUUUUCUUUACUACCAUGUCUCCAAUACAUAUGGGAAGCUACACUCAGCAUGAGAAAAAGGGAUAUCGAUGCUACAAUGAAACAAGGCCAUUUCAGGAGUACUGGGGAAGAUACUUGAGUCAACGUGUUACGAACAUAGUAUCCAGUGUCGUAGAGAGAAUGAGAAUUCCUGUUCAAUUUAUCAACAUAACACAAAUGUCUGAACAAAGAAUCGAUGGUCACGCAUCAAUUUACACCGAGUCUGGAGAAAACGUGAUAACAGAUGAACAAAAACAUCAUUCAGACUGCAUUCAUUGGUGUUUGCCGGGUGUACCUGAUAUAUGGAAUCAACUAUUGUACACAUACUUGUAACCAAAAACACAUGAAACAUAACUUAAAACACAAAAUAGAGCAUCUGCCUUUCACUUUGUUAUUAUUCUUCUUCACCUGAAAAAUAGUCCGGGCCGUCUGGGAUUAAAUAUUGACUUCCAUAAAACCCACAUCCAUCAUUUCUGACGAAUGUCGCCGGGUCAUCUGUGAUAUUUUUCACUAUUGACUUCCAGUCUAGAUCCUGCUUGUUCUCGUAGUACUUGACCACACCCACUAAGUUGAGUUUCUCCUUUAAGCGUUCAACUGAUUCAAAAGGAAUUGAGAUUUGAAACACAUUCUC